AUGGACAUCCUCAAGGCCCUCACUUCCAAGAACCACACCACACACAACCAAUCUCGAAAAUGUCACAAAAAUGGCAUCAAGUAACCCAGGUUACAAAGAUAAGAAUCUCUUAAGGGGGUCGACGGCAAGUUCCUGAGGAACGCGGGCUUUGCGAAGAAGCACAUCAGGAAAGGCCUGAAGAAGACGCAGGCCAGCGGCGCGAAGGUGGUGAGUGCGUGUGCAGAGGCCAUCAAGACCCUUGUGAAGCCCAAGACGCCAAAGGACCCCAGCCGCAAGCUCAGCCAUCCUGCUUCCAUCGCUCACCCCAAGCUUGGGAAGUGGAUUCGAAUCUACGUGGCCAAGGGUCAUAGGCUCUCCCAACCAAAACUCAAGGCUCAGACCAAGGCAGAGGCCUCAGCUCCAGCUCAGGCUCCCAAAGGUGCCCAGGCCCUAGUGAAGGCACCAUAGAAAA